AUGGCAGCUCACAUGGCUGAUAACGGUGCCGAAGGGCCUCAGGCUCUUCCAGACGACGAGGACAUGGUGCAAGAAUAUGACCUUCUGUCGUCCUAUACCGAUACAACAGACUACUAUUCGCUCCUGGCCCUGUCGCGCGAUCCCCCACCUACCGAUGCAGCGAUUCGCUCUGCCUACCGAACCCUGACACUUAGCUUCCAUCCGGACAAACAGCCGUCGCAUCUCCAAGAGGCCGCCAGAAACCAUUUUGGGAAGAUACAGACUGCCUAUGAAACCCUUAUAGAUCCCAAGAAGCGGGUCGUUUAUGACCUGAUGGGAGAGGAAGGCGUACGCAAACAAUGGGGCAUGACGGGCCUUUUGGGGGCAUUUGGUGAGGCUGAAAGGAUGCAAGUUGGCGUGAAAACCAUGGAUGAAGCCCAAUUCCGCCGAUGGUUUGUGCGUAAGAUGAAGGAUAAGGAACGCUCUGUACUGGAGGACUUAAUCUCGAGUAAAGUAGAAAUGCAAGUCGGCUUUGAUGCAACAAACAUGUUCAGCAAGGAAACUGAGGAUUCAAUAAAUAUUGAGAUGCCCGAUAUGAAGCCGUCUCAUUUUGCUAUUGGAUUCAAGUUUAAGACGCCUUUUCCUUCUAUCCCCGGAUUCAAGUCAUCCAGCAGUCAAGAUGAAGAAGACGACAAUGAUGAUGACGAGAACGGUUCAAACCGUAAGAGGAACGACAUUAUGGACGAAGAUAAGGAAAAUAUGCAAUUAGUCAUUCAAGCAAGCACGGGUGGAGAACUCCAUCGAAUGAAGCGUGUCUUCACUCUGCUCGAUGAGGAAACCAACGAAGAAAGAGAUAUAGAGCAAGAAUUGCCCCAUAACCUUGCAGUCAACAGCUUUUCCUUGGGCGCUCAUGUACAGCAUGUUGUACAGAGCCAUGACACUAAGGAUACCCCGUUAAAUCGCCUCUUAUUCCCUUUCCUCGGGGACUCAUCCGUCAAGGUUGGAGCGUCCCUACUUCCUGCUCCCUCACUCACUUUAUCGCUGCGGAAGCUCCUUGCCCCUGUCCCAGGGACAUAUCCUUUCCAGCUUACUUUGAGUACAGUCGUGUCUCAUUCACCUUUAUUUAUGCCACCACCUUUGCAUGUAUCAGUCCAAAGGCAAAUAGGUGAUGGCAAAUUAAUGUUUUGCAACUGGUCUAGCGGGAUAAUUACUUGGCCAUCUUUCAUAGCGAGCUUCUUUGAGUCCAUAGCCAAAGCUCUUUACGACGAAACCGAGGCUGUCAUAUUAGCUGCAGAGAGCAGCAAAUUUGAGCUAGGCUUAAAUAUACUUCCUAAACGUUUUACAAGACGGGCGCAGCCUGCAUCUAGAGCUCAAAACUUGGAUGAGGAAGAUGAAGCAGCGGAGAAUAGUAGAAGAGCACAGAAAAUGGAGCAAUCAGAGACCAGGCAAAACUGGGGCAUAAUACUCCACUCAUCGCCCGGCAUCAUAAACCUAUCGCUCAAUUACGGGAGGAAUCUUUUCACGUCUGAGCCCGAAGAGCCAGCUCUGUCCCAGUGGAGCUAUGAAGGCUACACUCCUCGGAAGGAAAUAAUCAACAGCCCCCCUGUCCGACUGGAAAUUGCAACAACUGUUUCAUUAGAUCUCUCCACCUCCUGGAUGAUAUCAGGCGUUCGCAAAUUUGGUAACUUUACUCACAUGGGUCUUAGUAUUGGAAUACAAGGCGGCAGGGGACUUGUUUGUGCAAUCACAUGGAAUAGACUUGGGCAAACCUUGAAAUUUCCGAUUGCAAUCUGUCCGAUGGAAGUAGUGGAUGCUGAUAUUGCCAGUCUUGCUGUGAUUGUACCGUGGCUUACAUAUUCGAUUAUGGAGUUCGGGUACUGGCGUCCGCGGCAGAGACGGAAACAGAAGAAAGCCAUUGCUAGACAACAAAGGAGAGUGCAAAGGCUCUUAGCCAAACGGAAAGCAGAUAGCUUGGAAGCUAUUGAGCUGAUGAAGGAACAUAUCAGCCGCAGACAGGAUGUUGAAGAACAAAGGGGCGGUCUGGUAAUUCUUCAUGCCGAAUAUGGAUAUAUUCCCCCACACUCAGCGUUGAGAAUCAGCAGAACCGACCCGAAGGCAGAUGAAAAGAUGGUUGACGUCACUAUUCCCGUUGCUGCGCUUGUUGACCAGGGCCAGCUGAGCAUACCGCGUAGUAUCGUCAAGGGCGAGAUCCUUGGUUUCAGUGACCCUGCCCCGUUCUUGCCCAAGACGCUGCGGAUACAAUACAUCUUUGGGUGGAAGAAACACUCGGUUGAAAUAGCGGAUGGAGAGGACGUGAUCUGCCCCAUGCAGUCACAUUUGGAGUAG